GUGUGUGUGUGUGUGUGUGUGUAUGUGUGUGAGUGUGCGCGCUCCGAGUGUGUGUAUUUGUGUAUCGGCGGUCCCGCAGGUCCCGGAUGUUGCGGACAGUAUGAGGCGAGCGCAGGGGGACGGGGACCAGCAGCUGUCGCCGCCGCUCUCAGGGUGAAGAAAGCACAGAAAUCUUUGCCCCGUGACUUUGGAAACUUUGAUUAACUUUCAAACUGGCGAUGUCAAGGGUUCCAAGUCCUCCACCUCCGGCAGAAAUGUCGAGUGGCCCCGUAGCUGAGAGCUGGUGCUACACACAGAUCAAAGUAGUGAAAUUCUCCUACAUGUGGACCAUCAAUAACUUUAGCUUUUGCCGAGAGGAAAUGGGUGAAGUCAUUAAAAGUUCAACCUUUUCAUCAGGAGCCAAUGAUAAACUGAAAUGGUGUUUACGAGUAAACCCAAAAGGGCUCGAUGAAGAAAGCAAAGAUUACCUGUCCCUUUACCUGUUACUGGUCAGCUGUCCAAAGAGUGAAGUUCGGGCAAAAUUCAAAUUCUCUAUUCUGAAUGCCAAGGGAGAGGAAACCAAAGCUAUGGAGAGUCAACGAGCUUAUAGAUUUGUACAAGGCAAAGACUGGGGAUUCAAAAAAUUUAUCCGUAGAGAUUUUCUUCUGGAUGAGGCCAACGGGCUUCUCCCUGAUGACAAACUUACCCUCUUCUGCGAGGUGAGUGUGGUACAAGAUUCCGUCAAUAUUUCUGGUCAAAAUACCAUGAAUAUGGUGAAGGUCCCCGAGUGCCGGCUGGCAGAUGAGCUAGGAGGGCUGUGGGAGAAUUCCCGGUUCACAGACUGCUGCUUGUGUGUUGCUGGCCAGGAAUUCCAGGCUCACAAAGCCAUCUUAGCAGCUCGUUCUCCAGUUUUUAGUGCCAUGUUUGAACAUGAAAUGGAGGAGAGCAAAAAGAAUCGAGUUGAAAUCAAUGAUGUGGAGCCUGAAGUUUUUAAGGAAAUGAUGUGCUUCAUUUACACGGGGAAGGCGCCAAACCUCGACAAAAUGGCAGAUGAUUUGCUGGCAGCUGCUGACAAGUACGCCCUGGAGCGCCUGAAGGUCAUGUGCGAGGACGCGCUCUGCAGCAACCUCUCUGUGGAGAACGCUGCGGAGAUCCUCAUCCUGGCUGACCUCCACAGCGCAGACCAGCUGAAAACUCAGGCAGUGGAUUUCAUCAACUAUCAUGCUUCGGAUGUCCUGGAGACCUCUGGGUGGAAGUCCAUGGUGGUGUCACACCCUCACUUGGUGGCCGAAGCCUACCGCUCUCUGGCUUCAGCGCAGUGUCCUUUCCUGGGGCCCCCGCGCAAGCGCCUGAAGCAGUCCUAAGACCCCGCCUGGCAUUAAGACUCCAUUUAUUUUCCAAAAGCAGCAGCUACUGUUGCUGCCAUUGAACACCAGGUAGACAGAGCAGUCUGCAGAGCUUUCACUCUGUUGUGGGGAAGGACUACAUCGUGCCCCAGACUUUCAACGGCACUAAGUAACUUUGGGGAUGGGGGGAGGGGAGGGCCCGGGACUCGGGGCUGCUGGACUAAGGGAAAAACCCUGUGCUGCAUCUCCGAGCUCCCUUUGGCCUGGCCCAGUCUGACACCGGGGGGCAGCUUUGGUGCUGGCCCAGCACAUCCCAGCAGUGGUACUGUGAGAAACUGCCUGCCUCUGACAGAGCAGACCCAUCGUCAGGUGCCUGGAGCAAACAGAGGGAAAAAGAAAAGGAUGUCUAGUUUUGAGAGGAGGGAAAAGCCAAGAAGAAAGGAUUUUUGCAGAAUCAGUUUGUGGAUUCCAGUAGUAUUUAUGUUGAGAGAAGCAAAUUUUAGUCCUUCAGCUGUGCUAGAACUUGGAUGUUUGUGAAGACGCUUCGUCACCGUACAAGCACCAAAAGAGCUCUCUCACUGUUAGCACUUAUUGCUCACAAGGACAGAAUACACCCUUUUAUCCGCUCAUAAAAAGUGACAAGAGAAGGCAGAAGGGGAAGGAGGCGAUUCGAUCUGGAAGAUGAGUGUUCUGAUGGUCGUGGCUUUUGCAAAAAUCUUUAUUGGUGUUGAGAACUGGAAAAAAUAAUUCACCCAGAAUUCAUACUGUCUUGACAAGAACUGUGGUUCUGUUUUUAGAUAUUGUGGAAAAUGUUUUUUGACAUUUUUCUCUGGUUUUAUUUCUCUUCCCUUUCCUCCUCCCCUUUUCUAAAACAAACAACAACA